AUGAACACCUCGCUGGUGGCGCUCGCGUUCGCAGCCCUUGCGGCUUCGGCGGCCGCCGACAGGUGGAAUCCCAGCACGGUGGAGGAGUACCUGAACGCCGAGGACAAGGGGCAAGCGGACCGCGAUCACACGCAAACCCUGCUAUCACAUGUGCAUAGUAUCGAUUUGAACAGCCUGGCACGCAUGUUCUACCUCUGGCGCGUCGCGCAGCCGAAGGUGUGCCAGCGCCCGGAGCUCUUGGACGGCUGGUACUUCGAGGACCGCUGGACGACGCUGCAGGAGCGCUUCAACUUCUACGGCCUCGCGUAUGCCCUCAAGGAGGUGCCGGGGGACGGCAGGUGCCUCUUCCACACCAUAGCGACGGCGCUGCGGUCGGAAAAGGUCACCGCGAAGAUGCUCAUGCGGUUCCUCAACCCAGAGGCCUCCCCGCACAUCGUAGCGGUUAUUAAGGCCUGCGAGACCGAAAACGGGUUCUACAACACGGAGGCACUCAAGAAGAUAUCACUAGCGAAUAUGAUGGGCAUAUACGCGGACGACCCGGUGUCGAUAGCUAACUUCGACGAAAAGGAGUUCGCAGAAAAACUCGAGGCACAAGCGGAAAUGCAGUACAACACCAGGGUAAUGGACGACCAGGAGAUAAUGAGUCUCUUCAAAAACGUGAAUUUGACGGAUAUAAAUGAUCGGCUGAAGAAAGGAGAAAACGCACUGGAGCUGGCAAAGGAAGUCUACAAUAAGAUCAAGCCGCAGCACGACGAAAUAUUUGGCAGCUGGAUAGACAUAAAUGUGCUGGAAGAGCUGUUCAUGUUUAGGUUGGUGAAACUACAGGAGCACGACGCGAGCAUUGCCUUGUCCUUGGGGAUGGAUCAUCCGAUCAACUUCAUCAUUCUGACGCGGUACACGGACGGAUGCCACUUCAAGCCGGCCGGGUUGGUCGACGUGUGCGGCAGUUCAGACAAGAGCCCGCAGCUGCCGCGGUCGGUCAUUAUGCCAGGGGACGUGCCCCUGCCACUCGCAAUAAUGAUGAAGGACAGUUAG